UUUAAAUUUUGCACGUUCAUGAUUGACCAACUUCUCAAUUUAUACAAAUACGGAAGUAUUUAUAAAAAACACAGUUACAGGACCGUAAAAAACUAACAUGGUAGUGUGUGAGUCAUACUCCAACACGUACGGUCGGGUAUGUUACUUUCAUUUCUUUCUGCCGACAAUUCUGUUCGAAGCAUACGAUCACUGUCAAUUAUUGUCUCGGAUAAAGAACAUCAUCGUUUAAGUAAAAACAACUACGAUCUGUUUUUUGAAAGAAGAGUCCUGUGAUGCGCCGAGAGUCACAGUAGCUGUCCACCCCACUCCGAGCAUUCAAAUGUCAGCAGCCUAAAGUGAUUGUGGUGGGAUGGACAGCUAAUGUGAUCACCGAUUGCAUCCCAGGACUUUUCUUUCGCAAAACAAACCAUAUCGAAAUACGCAUAAUGAUCCUACCCUCCGAUCUAACCAGUAACAGCUACCUUCUUAUGGUGCACUCCAUCUUUGUUUCUGUCAAGUUCUCGAGGCUUGUAAACAGAUGAAUAUAACAUACAUCAUGUACCGCUAUCGCGCGAAAAUUAAAAGCACUCCUUUACUUUCCUAUAAUAUCCUUAAAAACCUCGAUUUUAUACAACAAAUAAUUAAAUUUCAUCACGAACGUUCGUCGAAACUUUCAAAUUGAGACUGAGUUCACCGAGGAUGAGUUCCCUAUGCUGAACUCAAUGUUUCCCGAGAAAAUAUAAUCACGUGAAGUGAUAAAUUUUAUCUUUCAUCUGUUUCCUGUUAUGUUUGAAAAGAAUGGAUGAUAGGGUGACUGCUUGGUCUCAAUGUGUGAGAAAAAAAGGAACUGUCAAAAAUGAUUCGAAAAACGUCAUCCUAAAUGUAUCACCGUCAAGUUUAAGCUUCGAUUUUAGUUUCGACAACCUGAAACCUCAGGAAAAGAUAAUUAAAGUCACAAAUUAUUUCUCGAAGCCAUGUCCAAUUCAACCGUUGUCAAUGGAAACUCGUUACUUCCGGUUUGGAAUUACCACUCAGACAACGUGGUUGACUCCUGGAUCAGUUUACAAUAUAAAUAUACGGUUCAUACCUGACGAACCGAGGAAUUAUAAUGAUGUUUUGAGGAUUCGUUACUUUGACAAUCAGACUUUGCGAAUUAAAGUUACCGGAAAUGUUACAGCUCAUUUCCCUUUCCCGCGAAAAGUCAAUUUUGGAAGUGUUCCGCUUGGUCGUGUGGCUUGCUAUAAAAUACCGAUAUGUUCUUACGCAAAGAAAGAAUUUUCAUUCGCAAUUUUACCAUCCAAAGAAGAUCCAUGUAUCGACAUCUAUCCGCGAUGGGGACAUGUCAGACCCAAUCAAAAGCCUGCAAUAGUAAUGGUUAUUUAUAGACCUUUACGUUAUAUAAGUAUAGAUUUUCAAAUUCGAAUAUUCAUUACGAAUUUAUGCAAAACCCCGAACAUUAUACAUUUCUAUGCUUAUACUCGACCAGGACUUUUACGGGAAUCACUGGAAAACGUUGAACCGGAAGCAGGCAUUAAGGGACAACCGACCAAAAUUAGUACUGUACCUCGAAAGAAAGCAAAAUCCAUUACUCAGGAAAUAAUUAUUCCAAGACCUUGUGCCAAAAAAUCAAUUGUGGAAUGGAAGAAUCAUGAGAAAACUUUACUGAAAGAAUGUGGUUAUUUUCCUCUGUACGCGCUUCAUACAAUCAAUUGCACGUUGAUUUCAAAAAUUCAAAUAUUAUGCAGUGAACAUGAAUUGAGAGGUUACAGAUUUUGCAUAUAAAUUUUGCAUACGCGUAAGGUUACAUUUAAUUUUAAUUACUUAGGAGCCUUGAAUACAUAUCUGUCAGAAGUUGUACAGCGAAGAGCUCGAAAGUUGAAAGAAUUUUUGGUGAGAGUAGACAAUUGUCGACGGGAGAAGGAAAGAGCGAGAGUUUGUUACAAUAUGAAAGUAAAUAAUGCAACACACGAUAUUAAUGAGAGUCGUGUAACUAGAAUAAAGAUACAGAGGAGAAAAGAAUGGAAUGAUUAUAAAUAUUCUUUGGAAACCGGUACUUUGGAGGAGGACUUAUUUGAACGACAAAUAGCUAAAAAAAUAAAACAGAGAAUUUUAAGAAUUCCUCAAAAGUAUCCAAAUAAAAUUUCAACAUCGCCUGAAGUGGAGCAACCGUUUCUACACUACUGCAAAAUUGAACCGUUCCUUCAGGCAGUUAGGAAAGUAAUUUUAAAAAAUCGAUUAUUAAAAGUGCUGAAAACACUUAAGACUGGCAUCGAAAUGAGUUAAUAAAUUUAAAAAUCCAUUUAUCGAUUGUUGAUAAUGACUGAUUAAAAUAAUAAAGCCUGAGAUCUUGUUAAUUUAAUAUUUAACUAUAUUUUUAAGAUGGCACUUGCAUCAGAACCGCCAAAACCGUAGGAAAAGCGUCUGCUUUCUCCGCUGACAUACCCUAAAUGCUUUAACAAAGAAAAUAUUGAAAAUGCGUGUUACAAUUUUUUAUUAAAAGACUACUAUUUAUUAAAUGAUUUAUACUUUGUUCCUGAUAGUGUUGUACAGAUGGAUAUGUGUUUAACUUUUAAUUGCGAUGGUAAAGUGAACAGUAAUGAUUGGCAAUUAAAUAAAGAAAGUUUAUUCUUGCGUGGAGAAGUGGAAAAUGUUCUUUAUCCGCAAGAUGAAAAUUCAUUAUUGGAUGUGGACAUGCAAUUAUUUGAUUCCAAUGUGCCUGCAUCAACAGGCAUUUUUGAUUUAAAACAUUACAUCAAAUGCAUGGCCAUGCAAUUAAAAAUACUUAGCGGGCAUGAGACUUAUAAUCAGGUCCUAAGUUCUAAUACAAAUGACAUUGAUUUUUAUCAUAUAAGACGCAUUGUAUGCGAAUUUUUAUUAUAUGUUCGAACAUAUUUAAAUAGUAUUAAAUGGGACCUUCAAUCUUUACAAACUAUAAAUGAGGAUAUCGAAGAAGAAUUUAAUAUGUUAUUUAUUACGAUAAAACGUUUCCUUAAUAGGCUAAGAAAUAUUCCAGAUGCCACAUUUCAUUAUGCACCUUCUAAACAAGGCAACCAGUGUAGACAACCGGAAUAUCAUAUGUAUCAUAUGCACAUAGAAUUACGAUGGUUUCUUAUUUCAUUGGAAUACACACGUAGUCUGUAUUAUCAGUAUUCUACAGACAGUCAUCUAGAAGAACUUGAAAAUAUUCAGGCAAUAAUUAUCAAUGAUCUUAUUUACAUAUCAUUGAAGAUAUUUGAAACGUUGCCUUUAAUGAAUGUACAGCAAAAAACUCCAUAUAAUUGUUCCUGUAUUCGUGAAUUGUGGCUUAUGCUUCAAAUAUUCAUUGAUAAUUUAGCUGACAGAAUGAAAUCAAAGAAAUUCUGGGACUAUGUAAAUGACAGUGUUAAUGCAUUAUUAAAUAGGAGUGCAUCCAAUAUCAAACAGGAAUCUUCAUGCUAUACCUUAGCACCAUGUAAAAACUCUGAAUUAUUUUGUUUGUGGAUUAUUUAUAAUCUGUCACUUUUAUACGGAUAUAAUGUCGAUGGCAUAUACUUAGGGUCCAAAUGUUCAAGGAUUAGGUCUAAUUAUGAGCAGCUGGAGAAGAUUUUGAAAACUUAUAUUUCCAAAGGUGGAAAGGAUGGAGAACGAGAUGAAAUUGAUGAAGAAUUACGUAUUAUGAUUCCUUUAUUAAAUACCAUAGUCACUGAAUGGUGGCAGACACGAGUUUCAGUAAUUUCUCUUCUUUGGGAUUGCUUCCAUAAAAGAUUAGACGAGCCAUUUUUAUUACAAACAUCGGGUCCUUGGAUUUUGUCCGUUGAAAAGAAAACUGCUGCAGACAUACUGAGACAAAUCAGGGAUAGAAUAAAUAAUACGGACUGUGUCAAAGAAUCUAGUUACGGAAUGUUUUUACGUUUCCUCGGAUCUUUCUUGCAAAUAAAUUAUAGCAAUAAUGAUGCAAAGCAUUGGAAUCAAAUUAAAGGUCGAAUUUACUCAAAGUUUUCCAAAAGCAAAGUACAAGAAUUUUCCAUAACAGGUUUCUAUAACUUCAUUUCUCUGUUUUUAACGUUAGCAAUUACCGCAGACACUACCAAUGUAUGCUCUGUAAUGCUAGAUCUCCUACCACCGACAAAGGAAUACAAUAAUGAGAAUAGUAAAAAAUGUAGCUUGAUUUGGAAGGGAAAAUUGGCUAUUCUUCUGUUAUACAGUGAACUGAGGCUCAAUUUUAUAAACAUAGCGUCCUGUUAUAUAGACACGGUGAAUACAAUAAGUUGUCGCAGGGAUGACACUUCUCGGACGAUGAUGGUGAACUUUGUGGAUGUAUUUAGUACAAUUUUAGCAUCUAGUAAUAUAGAAUUAGAAGAACAUUUAUUACUUGGCGGUUGGAUAGAUCGGUAUUUUACAGAAUGUUCAAGUAAAAUGAUAGGAACGUUAACAAGGGUACUCGUUAGUAUUUUUAAAAAAUGUGAAAGCUCGUCUAAUUCAGAUGGAGUGGGAAAAAUGUUAGAUGCUUUAUGGUGUUUCGUUGCAUGUAGAGUACGUCAGCUUGUAUUCGAUCCUGGACUUACAGGCGAUCAUUACCGGGAUGUCUCACAACUUGCUGUCUUAUUUACUUUGGAUGGAUUAAAAAAUCCAACGACAGCAAAGAAGUACAAACAUUCAGCCAUGUCUUUAUUUCAGCAUUUUGCGUCUUCCGUGAUUGUUAAAGACAUUAGAAUUACAAGACAUUAUUUAGUACUGAUGCUCGAAGAAAAACAAGCAGUUGAAACUCUGAAGAAAGAAAUUAAAAAUUUUGACACAAUACUCAUACAGGCAUGGAUAAAGUGUUCUAUUAUUGGUCAUGAGACAAACGGCGAUGAAAUCAAAGUUAUACAAAAUUAUAUAUUAUCAAUAAAUGAAAUACAACAGAUGUUUGUAACAUAUCACGAUAUCAACGAAUUUCAAGAUACUAAUGAAUCUAUUUUAGUGUUUAUGAUGUGUUCUAUGAAGAAACGAAAUAUUCUAAAAACUGAACAAGAACAAAUUCAAUAUGAUGCGAAAUGGAGAUCAUAUUUUAAUCACAUAGAAAAGUGGAUUCUUUUACCAAUCACAGAAGAAACGAAAGAUACAGAAUUAGCAUUCUGGAUAUAUAGAUGUAUUGGGACAUUAAUUCUUUGUACUUCUACAAUGCUGUAUUCCAAAACGAAUAACAUGUUCAAAACGUUACUGAGUAAAACUAUUCUUUCGUCUGAUCAACAAUUUUUAAAAAAUUUAGGGAAAAAGACAUUUUCCAUGAUACUUUUGGGUAUAGAGACUCUCAAUGUUAAAAGUGAUUUAUCACUGCAGAUAAUGAUAAAAGAUCUUUUUGAUCAGUAUAUACCGUUUUUAGUAACUUCAAUAAAUAAUACAAAUAAUUUUAAAGUAUCUGAUUCGUUAUUAAAAUGUUUUAAAGACGCAAAGGCAGCUUUUGUACAUUUAAUACUUGAAAUCUUGAUGACAAACUUUUUUACUAUUUCAAGUGACAACAUGCUGCAUAAACAUUUCUAUUUAAUAAUGAUAUUUCUACAAAAUCUACUCAAAGGAGGAAAAGAUUACGCCAAUCAUGUAGUAGAAUAUAUUAUUUUAAUUUGUACACCUUACAUUAUUGAAGGCUACAUAAAAGUUCAUGAUUACCAUCCACAUAAACAACACACUUUAGAUUUCAUGAAGAAUAUUGUUAGAAAUCCAUAUUACAAAGAAAGCCAUAUCUUACAAGAGAAGUUAAACACUGCAAUAUUUAACACUAUUCAAAAAUUAAUUACAACAAAUCAGCAUAAUACCUUUGAAUUUCUGCAAUCAAUCUUAUCAGUGAAGAUUGAAAUAGUACAGUCUAUGUCACCAAAAAUUGAACGUACCUUAAUAGAUCUGGAGAAAAAUCGUCGUUCGAAUGCAGCAUCUUUAAGGUAUUCUUGGAAUCAACUUCAAAAUGCUAUGAAAAAUACAAAAUAUGAAUCAGAAAAAUUGAUUAAUCAAUAAUCAAUAGUAUCUUAAAGAUACUUCUCCAUAUUAUGCUACAGAUCCAAUUCCAAACGAUUUACAGCUGCAUAUAGACUGUCCACGUGUCGUUGAAGAACAGCAUUUUGAGCCUCGUAAUCCGAUGUAGCUUUCCUUAACUGUCUUAAUUCUGCUUCACAUGCUGAUGGCAUCAAAAUUUAUUGUAAAUAUUUCUUAAACACAAAUAAGUAUGAAUUUGUUGAAAAUAUAAAAAGAUUAUUGUAUCAUUCACCUUUAUUGUGAUCCAAAAAUUCUUCUGUGAAUAUAGGAAUAUCAAAUCCUGUGAAA